GAGACGCUUCCCCUGGAACAUCAUCCUGCUGAGCAUCUUUACAUUGGCCAUGGGGCUGAUGACGGGGACGAUCGCCAGCAUGUACAACACCAAGGCUGUCCUGAUCGCCAUGCUCAUCACCGCCAUCGUGGCCAUUAUCGUCACCAUCUUCUGCUUCCAGACCAAGGUUGAUUUUACAUCGUGUCCAGGGCUCUUCUGCGUGCUGGGCAUCGUGGUCACGGUGACCGGCAUCAUCACCAUCAUCGUCCUCUCCUUCCAAUAUGUCCCCUGGCUCCACAUGCUGUACGCGGCCAUCGGCGCCAUCGCCUUCACCCUGUUCCUUGCCUAUGACACCCAACUUGUGCUGGGGAACAGGAAGAACACACUGAGCCCUGAGGAGUACAUCUACGGUGCCCUCACCAUCUAUACUGACAUUGUCUACAUCUUCACCUUCAUCCUGCAGAUCGUGGGCCGGGAUUAG